AUGGCUCAAGAAAAUGGUUAUGCAUUUAAAAACUUAAAUGAUGAUCAUCAAAACGAAUAUUUAUUUGAUUUAAAUUUACUUGAAUCAAUAUUUAAAGAAUAUUCAUUAAAAGAUUGCAAACUUAAAGAAAAUAUUUACGAUGAAAAAUAUUUAAUUCGACCAUUAGCAAUCAUAGAUUAUAAUCAUGGUUAUAUUGAAUUACUUCGUCAAUUAACUGAAUGUGGAACAAUUACAUAUAAUGGUUUUAAACAACGUUUUAAUCAAUUAAAACAAUGUUUAAAUACAUAUUAUGUUCUUGUUAUAGAAGAUAUAAAUAGUGAUAAACAAAUAGUUGGUACAGCAACACUUGUUUGUGAAAAAAAAUUUAUUCGUCAAUUAAGUAUACGUGGUCGAAUUGAAGAUGUUGUUAUACAUGAUCGAUGUCGUGGACAACAACUAGGAAAAUUACUUAUUGAUUUAUUAACAGAAUUAGGACGUAAAAAAUGUGAUUGUUAUAAAAUAUCAUUAGAAUGUAAAGAUCAUUUAGUUAGUUUUUAUCAGAAAUGUGGUUAUAAUUAUGAAGAUAAACAAAAUUUUUUAUGUCAACGUUUUAAAAAUUUAUCAAAUAAUCAACAAGAACGAAACUAA